AACCAUAACCAUACCAACAUACUAAACUAUAGGUACCGAGGUUAAUCUUUAAAUAACUAUUUUUAGCCUUAGCUUUUGCAAAUUUCCGUUUAUGUACUUUGGUUGAGUUAAACAAGUUUUCCGUUGCUAUUAAAUUUACAUCGGUCUAGGUUCUAGUCUCGGUUUAAAAUGGAUAUUCCUGACGCACAAGCUGGGCAACUACGAGUCAAAGACGAGGUUGGGGUUAGAUGUCAGAAACUUUUUCAGGAUUUCCUCGAAGAAUUUAAGGAGGAUGGAGAAAUCAAAUAUCUUGAAGGAGCUAAGGAACUUAAAAGCUUGGAGAGAAGUACUCUUGAAGUGAGUUUUGAAGAUAUAGAAAAAUACAACCAAAGUCUGUCCACUACCAUAAUUGAGGAAUAUUUCAGAAUAUACCCCUACCUGUGCCAAGCCGUGUGCAACUUUGCCAAGGACAGAGGUGAGGCAAAACCUGACAGGGAGUAUUACGUCAGCUUUGUUGAUGUUCCAACUCGACACAAGGUCCGAGAGCUAACCACUACAAAGAUUGGAACCCUCGUACGCAUCUCUGGACAAGUAGUGCGUACCCAUCCCGUUCACCCUGAGCUGGUACUGGGGACCUUUUUGUGUCUUGACUGCCAGACUGUCGUCAAAGAUGUUGAACAGCAGUUUAAGUACACUCAACCAACAAUCUGCCGCAACCCUGUGUGCCAGAACAGGCGAAGAUUCAUGCUUGAGGUUGACAAAUCAGUGUUUGUGGAUUUCCAGAAAGUUCGUAUUCAAGAGACUCAGGCUGAACUGCCUAGGGGAUGCAUUCCUAGGAGCGUUGAGGUGAUUCUCCGAGCAGAGACGGUGGAGACAGUCCAGGCGGGGGAUCGCUAUGACUUUACCGGGACAUUGGUGGUGGUACCAGAUGUCGGUGCUCUGGCCAUGCCCGGGGCUCGGGCUGAGAGUGGCUCCCACCACAAACCUGGCGAGACAAAUGUGGAGGGUGUGAGGGGCCUGAAGGCUCUUGGUGUCCGAGACCUCAACUACCGCAUGGCCUUCCUAGCAUGCAGCGUCACGCCUACCAACCCUAGGUUCGGAGGUAUUGGAGGAGAUUUCCUCACAGAUGAGAUCACGCCCGAGCUGAUGCGCAAGAACAUGACUGAGGCCGAGUGGGCCAAGAUCUACGACAUGAACCGAGACAAGAAACUGUUUCAUAACCUGGUAAACAGUCUGUUCCCCUCCAUCCACGGCAACGACCAGAUCAAGAAAGGAAUCAUUCUGAUGUUGUUUGGUGGAGUUCCCAAGACGACCAUGGAAGGCACGACUCUCCGAGGGGACCUCAACUGCUGCAUCGUGGGCGACCCUAGCACUGCCAAGUCUCAGUUCUUGAAACAGGUAGCAGAGAUGAGUCCACGAGCUGUGUACACAUCUGGCAAGGCGUCAUCUGCAGCAGGUCUCACUGCUGCGGUGGUCAAGGAUGAAGAGUCAUUUGACUUUGUGAUCGAAGCUGGAGCUCUCAUGUUGGCUGACAACGGAGUGUGUUGUAUUGAUGAGUUUGACAAGAUGGAUCCUCGCGACCAGGUAGCCAUCCACGAGGCCAUGGAACAGCAGACGAUAUCCAUUGCCAAGGCUGGAGUGAGAGCUACAUUAAAUGCUCGUACGUCUAUACUGGCCGCGGCCAACCCCAUUGGCGGCCGCUACGAUCGCUCCAAGUCUCUGCAGCAGAACAUUCAGUUGUCCGCUCCAAUCAUGUCACGAUUUGAUCUCUUCUUUGUACUGAUUGAUGAAUGCAAUGAGGUCGUAGACUAUGCCAUUGCUCGAAGGAUUGUUUCGUUGCACAACAAUACCGAAGAUGUUGUGGAGAGAGUGUAUUCACAAGAAGAAGUUUUGCGGUACAUUGCAUUCGCUCGGCAAUUCAAACCUAUCAUAAGUGAGGAAGCCGCUAAUCUGUUGGUAGAGGUGUACACUCAGCUGCGACAGAGAGACGCCACAGCCAGCAGCAAGUCCACGUGGCGCAUCACUGUGAGACAGCUGGAGAGUCUCAUACGACUGUCCGAGGCCAUGGCCAAGAUGGAGUGCUUAGAUGAGGUGUUAGCAAGGCAUGUUGCCGAGGCGUACAAACUCCUCAACUGUUCUAUCAUCCGAGUGGAGCAACCUGACGUCUACUUGGACGAACAAGAAGAAGAAGUAGAACAGGUGGAGGACCAAGAGAUGGCAGAUGUAGACGAGCCGAUGCCAGCUGAGCCGUCACAGCCUAAGAAGAAACUGAAGCUCUCGUUUGAAGAGUACAAGUCAAUAUCUAAUAUGCUUGUUGUCUUCUUGAGGAAUGAAGAAGACAAAGCUGAUUCAGAUGGAGCUCGUCGCAGUGACGUUGUCAACUGGUAUCUGGAGAAAAUAUCUGAUCAGAUUGACACAGAGGAAGAGCUUGUUGAGAAGAAAGCAUUAAUUGAGAAAAUUCUUGAUCGAUUGAUUUUCCAUGACCAAGUGAUCAUUCCGCUGACCAGCAGAUCAGGGAAAGGGGAGGAAGCAGAAGACGAAGAUCCGCUAUUAGUUGUUCACCCGAACUAUGUUGUAGAUGGGUAGCUUUUCCUAUUAUCUGUAAAUUACUAACUGUAAGUUUGCUUUAAGAAUCCAUUACCGUAUACUUUCCUGUAAAUAAACAUAAUUUUACUAAUA